AGUUUCGACACAACAUUGAUAACUGGCAGCAGGGAUUUCAAGUCUUUCUUACUUCACUGGAAGGAACAGCAACCUGUACAGUGCAGUAGCUUGUUUUCUUACCAUUACCAAUGAGAUAAUAUGAUUCAUCCUUAUUCUCUCUAUGGAAACACAGACACACAUGGAAAUGGCACACGGAAAGACCCACAAGGAGAAAACCAAAGAGCUGGUGGAGGAGUUUACGGAGGACCAAUUCCUCAAAGAUCUCUACCUUUUCAUGAAGAAGAGAGAUACGCCGAUAGAGAGGAUCCCACAUCUGGGCUUCAAACAAAUUGAUUUAUUUGUGAUGUUCAAGACCGUCAGAGAUUUGGGUGGAUACCACCAGGUCACUGCUCAGCAGCUGUGGAAGCAAGUUUAUAACAGGCUUGGAGGAAAUCCUCGAAGCACAAGUGCAGCCACCUGCACCCGUAGACACUACGAGAAGCUGCUUCUGCCAUAUGAAUGCCACCUUAAAGGCAUAUUACCAAACACCUUGCCUCCACAUCACCCAAAGCACUUCCAGUUUGCCAACUACAACAAAGAUGACGAUGAUGGUCAGAGACCGGCCAAACGCAAACUGCUGUCAAUACCAGUGCACCAGAGCCCUCAUAACCUCCAGUCAGAUCCACAUGGGAACAUCUUCCCUCUGCAGCUCCACUUCCCUCACUACUAUCACCCUAGCCACCCAGUUCUGCCCACAUAUGUCCCCAUCUCCUCCUCCCUGUUGACAUCACAUAGCCCCCCUGCCCCCGAGCCCCAGUUUGCUGUCCACCCAUCUCAUCCGAACCCAAUGCACAGGGUUAAGGAGCCACUGGAGCACUUGCGCCACCUGGCAGAACAGUACAAGACCUCAACUGGGUUGACAGAGCCCCUGAACCUCAGCGUCAAAGCAUCAAGCCUGGAGACCAACAGAAGCCCUGCCUCAUCUUUCGCCCCACCUCCACCCAGCAAGAACCCAAAGUUUUUGAAUAAACCCUCCCCUCUGUACUCUCCUCAUUGCCAACAGGUGGUGAGAGAUGGAGAAUGUGAGACACAGGAUGAUGAGGUCACACCAGUAUUCAUAUCCUAUGAAAGAGAGGGAGACAUAUGUCAUUGAUGUCAAAG